AUGACGGAGACAGCCAAAUCGCUGUCCCAACAAAACCGGAAACAGCUGGUUGCUCUGUUGGUGGGAAUUAUUAUCCUGUUCUUCGUCUGCUUGCUUCCCUUCCGUCUGAUGGCCCUAUGGGAGACUUUCUUCCCUAACGACAGCGUCCUUCAGGUGGGUGCAGAAUCCUACCUCAACAUCAUCUACUUCUGCCGUCUGCUGGUCUACGUCAACAGCGCCGGUAACCCCAUCAUCUACAACCUGGUGUCCACUAAAUUCAGGCGGGCUUUCCAGAAAGUUCUUCGGCUGUACUGCUGCUGCUGUCGGAAGAGGCUGGUCCUGAACAGGCAGGCCAUCAGCGUGACAUCCUCACACGGCACCCGCCUGACCACAAUGUCCCACUAUACGGCCAUCAGACAGGAACAGCAGGAUACCUGCAGGAGAGUACAGGACACCUGCAGGACAGCCCAUGCUGUCUGA